GAUAAUAACUAUUGAUCAAUUCCCUCUUGAGCCAUGGCUAGCAAGAGCAUGGCUUUCUUUCAAGUUCUUAUAAGCUCAAUUUUUCUUCUUGUUUUCCCUCGGUGUUCAUGUGAGGCAUAUGAUGAUGUAGCCAAACUCAAGCAAUGCAGGUUCAAUGCAAUAUAUAAUUUUGGGGCUUCGCUAUCAGACACGGGCAAUCAAAUUAUAGAGAUUCCUCAGGUUUGGUCUACCAAACUUCCCUACGGCCAAGCUAUUCAUAAAGUAACUGGCAGAUCCUCUGAUGGGUUGCUGAUAAUUGAUUACAUUGCAAAAUCAGCAGGUCUUCCCUUCCUGGAACCCUAUUUGAAAUAUCGAAAUGCAACAAGUUUCUUAUCUCAUGGAGUGAACUUUGCUGUUGGUGGUUCUACCGUAUUGUCAUCGGAAUUUCUUGCAGAAAAGAACAUCUCUAACGAUCAUGUUAAAAGCCCUCUUCAUGUACAACUUGAAUGGCUGGACAAAUAUUUACAAGGAUAUUGUCACGAUGCCAAAGAUUGUCAGGAGAAGCUUGCAUCAUCUCUGUUCACAACUUUUGCUGGAGGCAAUGACUAUGGCACUGCAUUGUCCCAAAAUAAAACUAUUGAAGAGGUGAAGAAUAGCCUGGUGCCCGAAUGUGUGCAAACCUUGAAACAUGUUGUCAAGAAAUUCAUCCAUCAUGGUGCUCGUAGAGUCCUUGUCCAUGGACUCCCCCCGUCUGGUUGCGCACCACUAUUUCUUACAAAAUUCUCUUCAAACAACUCAGCUGCUUAUGAUGGAUUUGGUUGUCUAAAGAGCUACAAUGACCUGUACAAUUAUCACAACGAUCGUCUCAAAGAAGCCAUUGAAGAAUUGAAGAAGGAAUACCCUCAUGUAGAUAUAGUGUACGGUGAUCUUUACAAAGCAAUGCAAUGGAUUAUGGACAAUUCUCGACAACUUGGGUUCAAGUCAGUAACAAAAGCAUGUUGUGGGCCUAAAAGUGAGUACAAUUUCAUCGAUAACUUUCAUAAAAUGUGUGGAGCUCCAAACAUACCAGUUUGCAAAAAACCUAAGCAGUAUGUCUACUGGGACUCCGGUCAUUGGACUCAAAAUGCAAAUAAGCAUCUGGCAAAGUGGCUGAUUAGAGACAUCUUCCCAAAGUUUCACUGCAAAAAAGUUUGA